AUGAGUAGAGCUCUAAAGAAAGGUGCCAAAAACUUGAUAGGCGAUCAGAACCCGCUUUCUUUGUCUUCGAGUAAAGUGAGGUUUGGUUUUCAGGUGAUGCUAUCUCGGUCACUUCGCUCGAUCUGCCGUUCAUCCGUGCUUUCUUCGUCGAGAGCAAAGCACAGCCUUCCUGAUCUCCCGUAUGACUACAAUGCGUUGGAGCCUGUCAUCAGCAACGAAAUCAUGCAAAUUCAUCAUCAGAAACAUCAUGCCACAUACGUAAAUAACCUGAACGCUUGCGAGGAGAAAAUCCAUGAAGCGUUGUCCAAAGGCAACAUCAAGGAAGCCAUUGCUCUGCAACCAGCGCUAAAGUUCAACGGCGGAGGCCAUAUAAAUCAUUCCAUUUUCUGGACAAAUCUUGCAAAAGACGGAGGAGAGCCGAGUAGUGAGCUCAUGGCCGCCAUAAAGAAAGAUUUCGGGACGCUAGAGAAUAUGCAAGAGAAGAUGUCCGCAGCAACGAUUGCGGUACAGGGUUCUGGAUGGGGAUGGCUCGGAUAUUGCCCCGUUGCUAAAAUGCUGAAGAUCCAAACCUGCGCCAAUCAAGAUCCACUUGAGCCGACAACUGGGCUGGUUCCCUUGUUUGGAAUUGACGUGUGGGAGCAUGCGUACUAUCUACAGUACAAGAAUGCUGCUGAAAAAGAAAAAAUGAAGAAAGAGAAGAAAGAAGCUGAGAGCGAAAAAGCAGCAAAAACUACGGUUUCCGUUGUGACAAUUGCUCUGCAACCAGCGCUAAAGUUCAACGGCGGAGGCCAUAUAAAUCAUUCCAUUUUCUGGACAAAUCUUGCAAAAGACGGAGGAGAGCCGAGUAGUGAGCUCAUGGCCGCCAUAAAGAAAGAUUUCGGGACGCUAGAGAAUAUGCAAGAGAAGAUGUCCGCAGCAACGAUUGCGGUACAGGGUUCUGGAUGGGGAUGGCUCGGAUAUUGCCCCGUUGCUAAAAUGCUGAAGAUCCAAACCUGCGCCAAUCAAGAUCCACUUGAGCCGACAACUGGGCUGGUUCCCUUGUUUGGAAUUGACGUGUGGGAGCAUGCGUACUAUCUACAGUACAAGAAUGUUCGUCCUGAUUACGUGAAAGCCAUCUGGAAGAUCGCCAACUGGAAGAACAUCAGUGAAAGAUUUGCGAAUGCACAGCGCUAG